GCUGCAGCAUUGGCACAACUCGGGAGUCAGCGAUCGAGGAGGGAGAAGGAGGCAGGGAGGCCGGGAGGAGGACAGUGCAGGGUGGUGACGCGCGGGCCGGCGGGCUGGGGCCAGCGCAGGUGCAGGGCUGCGAGCGGCGCAGGGCGCAGGGCGGGCGAGCAGCUGACAGCAUCGUCACGGCUGCGGGCGGGAGCGCGCUGCUCCUGCCUCGGAAGGAGCCGCAUCCGCUCACCAGGCGCUGCCUGUCCUGCGCGAGCUGAGCCCGAGGAAGCUCCGAGCGGAGUUGUGUUCUUCCCCAGGUGUCUCCGGGUUGACAGUUGGAGCCCUCCAGCAACAUGCCUGAGCAGAGCAAUGAUUACCGGGUGGCCGUGUUUGGAGCAGGUGGUGUAGGCAAGAGCUCCCUGGUCUUGCGGUUCGUGAAGGGCACAUUCCGGGAGAGCUACAUCCCAACGGUGGAAGACACCUACCGGCAGGUGAUCAGCUGCGACAAGAGCAUAUGUACCCUGCAGAUCACCGACACCACCGGGAGCCACCAGUUCCCCGCCAUGCAGCGGCUGUCCAUCUCCAAAGGGCACGCCUUCAUCCUGGUGUACUCCAUCACCAGCCGGCAGUCCCUGGAGGAACUCAAACCCAUCUACGAGCAGAUCUGCGAGAUCAAAGGGGACGUGGAGAGCAUUCCCAUCAUGCUGGUGGGGAACAAGUGUGACGAGAGCCCCAACCGCGAGGUGCAGAGCAGCGAGGCGGAGGCCCUGGCGCGCACGUGGAAGUGUGCCUUCAUGGAGACCUCGGCCAAGCUCAACCACAACGUCAAGGAGCUCUUCCAGGAGCUGCUCAACCUGGAGAAGCGCAGGACCGUGAGCCUCCAGAUCGACGGCAAAAAGAGCAAGCAGCAGAAGAGGAAAGAGAAGCUCAAGGGCAAGUGCGUGGUCAUGUGAGCGCCCUUCGGCGGAAGGAGCCUCUGCUGUCCCCUGCCUCGCCCCUCCCCCACCCACGUGCAACCAUUGUCAGGGCAGCAUGUACGAUGCCCACGUGUUAAACACUGCAUCUGACCGAGGCAUACGCGAGUGUCCUGAAGAAGGCGUUCCACACCACCCCCAAUAACAGGCCACCCCUCUCUGGAGUCGCAGAAUCUGCCAGGCGGUGACAACGAAAGCCAACACGCUCAGUAUCCCGGGGAACUGCAAGAGGUGACAGUCAUUUAUGAGGGUGGCUUUUGCUAUUAGGAGGCAGGAGGACUCAUACCCUUCAAAGUAGGAUAAGCUGAGAGGGCUGAAUGUCAUCUCUACGCACGAGAGAGCGUGUUAACUGGGGGCUACGGGCACCAACCCAAACCAGCCAUUUCUCUGCUCAGAAGUCAAUUACAUCUUUUGGGGUAGCGAUCAGAUAGAGGAGGUGAGAAGACCUGUUGGUCCAAAGUGGACCACGGUGGUUCCCUUCCGUAGGUUUUUAACUGGGUUAAAGAUAAAGUAAUACAGCCUUCCCCAAAGGAUGUUCAUCCUCAGUUAAUUUCCGCCCCAGCUACCCCAAGGGGAUGUAUUCACCUCCUGUAGACCUAGUUAGCCAGUAUCCUGUUAACCUAUUAUUUAUUUUCACAUACAAGGAUGAGUUCUCUAAUAGUGCCCUGGUAUGUCAGAAGUUCUUCAAUUUUUGAGUAAAGAUAUUGUGACAUUAUUAUUAAAACAUCGCAAUAAUGUUCCUGUGUCACUCUUUGAGGGUUUUAGAAUGUGAAGUUUCUUUCCUUUGACCUGUGAGGGCUAUAACUUCUACCCCUCAGAUUUUAAAUUUAAGCAAAUAAAGUAGCUAUUUUUAGACUUUUCCCCCCUCCAAGAUUUUUAUUUUUCUCUUAAAUAACUUGAUCUGUACCCAGCUGGGUAACAGCCAACAAAGGCCAUUCAGUGACCAGAAGCACACCAUUUUUCUAAGUGACGUGAACAUGUAUAUGCUACACUUUGCACCUUAAUGAAAUAUUUUGAACAGGAGUUGUUCACUGUGUUUUUGAUGACCUAUCCAUAUCAGAACUAUAUUCCUGGAAAAUGCAUUUAAUUAAUAGUAAAUUCUCUUGCAUGUUCUAUUACACAUGUCCUCAAAGAGCUGUUCAAUGCAGUAUUUGUUAAUAAUUGUUCACCCUAGACACAAGUCUCCUCUUCUCCUAAUGAUUGUGUGUGCAUCCUUAAUACUUCAAACCAAAUUACAGCCCCUGCUGGUUCCUCCAGGAAGCUUGGGAGGUGAUGGCGGCCACAGAGAGGCUCUGAGCAGAGCUGCCUCAGCUUAACUACUCCGCCAUUGUGGAGUCUGCCUGGGCUCUGCUUCUUGAAAAUUCCCACAAAGCCUGAGUUUCCCUGUUUCCAUUGGCAGAAUGCAUGCCUGCCCCAACUAGUGGACCAUCCUCUUGGCAAUCUGGGUGGGCAGCAGUACCAUGUGUCUUGCAGAGGGAGUCUUCCUGGAUGUUGGGCACUAGUGCCAACCCUAGGCAGGGCUUCCAGCUGGAGAUGAUACACAAACUGCCUUCUGCACCUGCUAUUUUUACGUCCCCUCCUAUGCAGGGUUGUCAUGGCCACACGGACACCUUCAUCCUCCAAAGCAUACCUGUGCUCUCAGUAUUUCCUAGUCUCCUUUAGCUCUUAUGUGAUUCCCGUGUCUGGUCUUAUCCCCUUGGCUCUACCAGUGACUCUCCCUGGUGAUGUGUUUAGUGUGUAGGAGGUGCCUUUGAGGAACUUUUGGCUUCAUGGUCUUACCAUCUGUUUGGGAUUCUAGAACAAAACUCCCUCAUCUUUACCUGGGAAAAUGUUCAUGCUGAGAAAGGGAGCCAUCAGGGAGCUCAGAGCCUUUGGGGGCAUUUAUAAGCCCUCUUUAAAUUCCUCAUACAGGUGCCCUCUGUUGCAAAAGGCCAUUCCAUAGUAUUCCAUAAUAUUCACAAUGAGAUCUAGUUGUCAGAUUUUCUGGAACAUGUUUUUCGACAUGUCCCUACAUUUUUUUUUUUUCUGUUCUCAGAGAUUAUUAGUUUGUCACUCAAAUGUGAGGGAGGUGGAAGAAGUUACAGAACUUUAUGACCAACAGGCAAUGUGUAGAGUUGGGUGGGUUCUUUCCAACAGUAAAAUAGGAUCUUUGCCACCAGUGGUAAUGUUAAUAAGGCUUUUAUUGUGAGUGCUUCCCGCCAAGUGUCCCAUUCCUAUCAGUCAUGAGUCAGGACUUCUUUUAGCCCUUUAAAGCCAAUUUCUACAUGUUUGAGUGUUUAGGGCUUCAUCAAUUCGAGGAGCUUAUAAUCUCUGACAAUCUGAGUUCACUCAGGAUACACGUCGUUCUUUUGUGUUUUGUCGGAGAGUUUAUAGGAUAGAAGGCUGGUGAAGCCUUCAUCCCGGGGCUGCAUUCUGCCGUCAUUUUCUGUGAACCACACUGAGGGUGUGGAUGGUUAUGUCAACUUCGUCUUUCAGAAGCUCCCCAACUGACUUGGGGCUUGAGGAGUUAGUACUGGAGCAGAUAGAUUUUAGCAUUUGUUUGGUCCCAUCCCCAAAUAUGGAGUUGUAUGGUUCCUGAGAAAAUUCCCUACACUGCCUAGAAAGUUAUAAAACUCAAAAUAUUGCUUUGAAGAUGGCACUCUGGGAUUAAGCAUGGGGCUCCAUGAGUUCCCCUCUGUCCCCACUGGUCCCCUCUCCAUCCAGUGACAAGCCAUUGGCAUGCAUACAAUGCAGCAAGACCAACACAAGAGCAAUAUUGAAUUGUUCACUAUAUCUAAAAUUAUAUAUAUUAUAUAACUUAUCUUCCUGCAUUUUUGAAAUAUUAAAGUAGUAAACUGUACAUAUCUGUAAGCUAGUAUAUUUGUUUCACUGUUUAUAAUAUUUAAGAAAGGCUCAUUCUUUGUAGAACAAAAUAUGUACUAAAUAUUUUAAAAAACUGCUCUGUGAUACUUUUUUUUUCUUCUUCAAAAUUUGUAAUGUGUUGCUCCUACAUAAGCUCUCUGGAAAUAUCCAUAACUAAUGGGACACCUGUAAAUCCCUGAAGACAUCUUGGAAUUCAGUAGCCCGCAGACCAUCUGUAGACAAAGUAUUUGCAGAGCAUGACUUUUAUAUGUGUGGGGUAUCAAUAUGUAUAUUUAUAUUAAGGUGUAUCUAUUGUUACGAUUCUGUUCUCUUAUAUUUUAUUUACUCUGCGGGUCUAAAAAUCCCCCUUGCAUACAAAUUUCUAGUUGCAGUGAUGUUCUGACAAUCAUGGAACAUAUUACAAUAAAGUUUCAGUUAAUGACGCC